AUGCAGAUCUUCGUAAAGACAUUGACAGGCAAGACCAUUGCCCUCGAGGUGGAGGCCAGCGACACUGUUGAGAAUGUGAAGGCAAAGAUUCAGGACAAGGAGGGUAUUCCCCCGGAUCAACAGCGUCUUAUCUUUGCUGGUAAGCAGCUGGAGGAGGGCCGCACCCUGGCGGACUACAACAUUCAGAAGGAGUCCACGCUGCACCUGGUGCUCCGCCUCCGUGGAGGUGUGAUGGAGCCAACGCUGGAGGCCCUCGCAAAGAAGUACAACUGGGAGAAGAAGGUGUGCCGCCGCUGCUACGCCCGUCUGCCCGUGCGUGCAACGAACUGCCGCAAGAAGGGAUGCGGUCACUGCUCUAACCUCCGCAUGAAGAAGAAGCUGCGUUAA